AUGCGGCCGCUCCUUAAACCUCGAUGGUCUCAACUUCGACGACCAGUGAGCCCCCGAACAAUCCUCUCACAACGCGUCCGCAACUUCCAUGCGACUCGACCGGCAGCCUUCAUCCCAGAAGCCAUUAUAGCCGCUACUAGCUGCCUUCACAGCGUUCACGCAUACACCGGCCUGCCAUGGGUAGCGUCAAUCCCCCUCGCCGCCUUCGGUGUGCGCAUGUGCAUGACCCCUCUACUAAUCUGGUUCCGUAUCCGCCGGCGUCGCGAGGAGGACAUAAAGCCUAUUAUACAAUGCUGUGUAAAACAUCACCAAGAUGCUAUGAGAGCGGAAGAAGUCGAGGCAAGAAUACAAAUGAAAUCCGAUGAAGCGUCUAAAAGAUUAUACAAGCAAAUGAAUGAAAAGACUGCUGCCAUUCGCAAGGAAUGGGGCGUUUCUCGCUGGUAUUCCCUCAUAACCUGGGUGCAGAUGCCCAUUUGGUUGUUUUUUAUGGAAGGUAUCAGGAAUAUAUGUGGUAUCAAUAUGGGCCUUCUACGGUAUCUGGUUCCCAUGUCGAGCAAGGAUGGUGUCCCUAGCUUCGAGUUACCGGGCGUGGAACCCUCGUUGGCCACCGAGGGUGCAUUAUGGUUCCCGGAUUUGUUGGCUGGAGAUCCCACGGGGGCUUUGCCCGCUAUGCUCGGUCUAACCAUUUUGACAAACGUGAGCUUAGGCUUCCCAACCUCGACUGCAGCAGAAGCAUCGGAUAAAAGAGAUUUGCAAAUGUAUUUUUCUACGGCGCUUAUCGGGAUGAAGAAAUUUCUGAUGAUCUUGGCGCCUUACAUUGCCUUCUCUGCCUGGAUGUCAGGUAUGCCUGCCGGCAUGAUGCUGUACUGGAUCGUCAGUACGAAUACGGCAAUGCUACAGAACAAGUUCUAUGAUCGUUUCUUGUUUGUGAACAAGCCGCUUGAGGCUUUGCCUAGGAUGCAUGUCCGUGCGUUGAAGCCUGGAGAGACGCCACCGCCAACCAAGGCUCUACUUGCAAGAAAAUGA